AUGUCUUCCACUGAUUCCCUUCAAGAUCUAGAGAAAGGUCGUAUUCCUUCAAAUAAAGAAGUUGAAGAUGUAGCAUCCUUCCAAACUGAAGAAGAACAAGCCCAAGGCUCUUUCGAACAAAGAUCCACUGCUUCUUCUACUCAUCAACGUGCUGGUUUGGAUGAUGUCGAAUCUCAAUCAGACGAAGUAGUUCCACAAGAAGAUGACGAAGAUGGAUUGCCAGACGUUAGGACAAAAUACGACAUGGGUUCUGCUAGUUGGAGACUUCAUUGGAUUGCCGCUGUUGCCGAAUUCUGUGGUACUUUCGUAUUUUUGUUCUUGGCCUAUAUGAUUUGUAAUGCUGCAGGUCAUGCUUGGGAUUCUCAUGAAUACCCAGAUGCUAUGUUAUCUCACCCAGCUGCUGUUGUUAUGAUUGCCUUCGGUUUCGGUUUUAGUUUAAUGGUUGCCAUUUACUUGUUCGGUCAUAUCUCUGGUGGUCAUUACAACCCAGCUGUCACAGCUAUUAUGAUGUUAUUGGGUGAGGUUACCCCAACUAGAGGUGUUGUUCAUUGGUUAGCCCAAAUGUGUGGUGGUAUGGCUGCCGGUGGUUGUGCUGCCGUCUUAACCCCUGGUGCUGUUAAAUAUACCAACACUCUAGGUUUGCACGUCUCUAGAUCAAGAGGUUUAUUCAUUGAAAUGUUCGGUACUGCUUUCUUAUUAAUCACUAUUUUGAUGACAGCCGUUGAAGAACGUGGUGCUUUGAAUAACCAAGCUCCAGUCGCUAUUGGUGUUUCAUUAUUCGUCAUCCAUUUGGCUUUAGUUCCACACACCGGUUGUGGUGUUAAUCCUGCUAGAUCUUUCGGUGCUGCUUUGUCCGCUCAUACUUUCCCAACUUACCACUGGAUCUAUUGGGUUGGUCCAAUCUUCGGUGUCAUGCUUGCUUGGGGUAUGUGGAAGACUUUACAAGACCUUGAUUACAAAUAUUGGUUAAGAGUAGAUGCCAAAGCCAAAUCUUUAAGAAAAUCUGACAGAGACGCCAGAGCUCAAAGAAAAUAG